CGUCCAUACAGUCUUUUUCAUCAGCCUUUGUUCACUUGUUCCCUUCCGGAAGUACACUCUUGGCUUCGAUGCGCCUUUGCGGAACAUUUCCUCCACGGCACGCCCCCCGUUGGCGUGUCUUGAAAUAAGAAAACUGCGUGUGGCCAGAAUUUCAGGCCAGUCACGGUUGCCGCUGGAAGGAUGACGCAUUGAAGCAACGCACAAGCUUCAGCUGCUCACUUAGGCCUCUACGUCACAGACCGCGUUUAUCAGUGGUCAAGUUCGUGGCAUCAAUCUGCGACAUGCGAUCGCCGCUACUGCGUCACUGUGUAUUUUCUCCCUGCUAGUACCAGUCCGAGCACGCUCGUUUUCCCACCACCAUCGGUAGCAGCACAGCAUCAUUGCGCAACGCCCACUGACAGCGGCGCGGUUGCCAGAAUGUCCGAGCCGACGGACCAACGCACCUCUGCGGAGCGUCCGUCGACUAGCUGCGGCCACUUGACAACGGUUCGCAUGUCACGAGGAAGUGAGCCGUUGGUCUGGUACGACGAACGUUCCGCCACAUUCCAAGUCUCCACUUACACCCCCAGCACCACCACCAUUUCCCCGCCGAGCAGCUCGAUGAUGGAGACAGUUAUCUGGCCGAACUGGGUACCGCCAUCCACGCCGUGGGUGCCCUGGCCUCCUGUCUUUCCGUACUCGCACGUUAGGUGGUUGUCCACGCAGUGGUCCAUCGCUUCGCUCGCAGAAGCAUCUCCGAUGGAUUGCCAACCACCGUAUCCAGGCAAUCUCCAUGCUAGUCUUCCACACCCGUCCAGGCUUUCUGACGGGCCAUCGGCAAACGCGGCCGGCUGCCAGAGUGGACGCGGGAAUUUCCCGAGAGCCCCUCCGUCCUCUCCACUGUCCACUGCCUCCUCUUCAUUAUCGGAUGACGACGAUGUAUGUGAAGGCCCAGAUCUCGACACCGUGAGGCUUUCUAGCCCUUCCGACGUGGACGAUUAAAACUACGAUCAUCGAGUCCGGCCACUCACCAUGAAGUCAUCUCCAGUCAUGUCUACUUGUGUAUUCAUUGUAGUGCGUUAAUAAACGUCGG